AUGUUCCCCAUCCGAACUAUCUUGCAUAGUCUGAGCGAGUCGGGAAGGUUAGCCAAGUGGGCCGUCGAACUCAGCGAGUACGAUAUAGACUAUCGCCCCAAAACGAGUGCAAAGUCUCAAGUCCUCGCGGAUUUCUUGAUGGAGCUGCCAACCAAAGCCAUAACUAACAAAGAGCCUAACUCAACUUGGCUCCUCCACGUUGACGGAUCGUCUUCAAAACAAGGAUCCGGGAUCGGCAUUCGCCUGACGUUGCCGACCGGAGAGAUCCUCGAACAAUCGUUUAGAUUAGAGUUCCACGCGUCGAAUAACGAGGCAGAGUACGAGACCCUUAUUGCAGGGUUUCGGUUAGCCCACGGUUUGAAGAUACGAAAUAUCCACGCUUACUGCGACCCUAAACUGGUUGCAAGCCAGUAUAGCGGGGAGUACGAAGCCAGGGACGAAAGAAUGGAAGUGUACCUCAAACUAGUCCAAAACUUGUCCCAAGACUUUGAUUCUUGCGCCCUCACUCGAAUUCCUCGUUCCGAGAAUACGCAAGCAGACGCACUCGCAGCCCUGGCCUCGAGUUCGGAUCCGGGACUUAAAAGAGUAAUCCCGGUAGAGUUCAUUGAACAUCCGAGCAUUGGACCUCCCGUCAUCAUCAAUCUCAUUCAAGAUGAUAACGAAGAAGAAAUCGCAGUCGAAUCAGAAGAAACGCCAGAACAAAAUGAAUAUGGCUGCGAUUCGCCGUGGCUAGAGGCGAUACGAGCGUAUAUCAUCGACGGAAAAUUACCCCCCGAGAAGUGGGCAGCUCGAAAAAUCAGAACCCAAGCCACCCGUUAUGUAACGGUCGACGGAGAAAUCUACAAAUGGAAAUUCUCUGGACCACUCAUGACAUGUUUAGAAGGGCAUAAGGCUAGAAAGGUAAUGGAAGAAGUUCACUCUGGUUGCUGCGGAAAUCAUUCCGGCGGAAGGUCGCUCGCCAUAAAAAUAAAACGCCACGGGUAUUAUUGGCCAACGAUGAUCGGGGACUGCGAAAAAUUCACACGAAAAUGUGAAAAAUGCCAGAGACAUGCUCCGACUAUUCGGCAACAUGCGGAAGAACUCUCCUCCAUUACGUCGCCAUACCCUUUCAUGUGCUGGGCUAUGGAUAUCGUAGGACCUCUUUACAAAUCCAAGCAAAAAUGUUUUCUGCUGGUCCUCAGAGAUUUCUUUUCAAAAUGGGUAGAAGCCGAAUCAUACACAAGUAUAAAGGACGCACAAGUCGAAAAUUUCGUAUGGAAAAACAUUAUCUGCAGAUAUCCGCAAUGCAACGGACAGGCAGAGACAAUCAAUAAGACCGUCCUCGACGGACUUAAGAAACGCCUGGACGAAAAGAAAGGGAGAUGGGCGGAGGAACUCGAAGGAGUCCUCUGGUCACACUGCACAACACCGAGACGAGGAACAGGAGAAACACCAUUCGCCCUCGUAUACGGCACCGAAUGCAUGAUUCCCGCGGAAGUCGAAUUUCCCGGGAUCCGUAGACGGCUUCUCCCAGAACGGGAAGAAAUAAACAAUGCCAUGCUAUUGGAUAAUCUCGAUCUCGUCAACGAGCAACAGGAUCGGGCCCUAACCCGAAUCCAAAACUAUCAACAUGCAGCCGCAAAAUACUAUAACUCCAACGUCCGAAAUCGCCGAUUUCACGUAGGAGACUUAGUUUUGCGCAAAGUUUUCCAGAACACUACUGAACGAAAUGCAGGGAAGCUAGGAGCCAACUGGGAAGGACCAUAUAAGAUUAUCAAAGUCGUCCGGCCUGGUUCCUACGAAAUCGAGAACAUGCGAGGUGUGAAAAUACCAAGAACUUGGAACAUCAUGCAUCUCAAAAAUACUAUCACUGAAACAUCGCAAUCAAAGAACUACGAGAUGGCUUGA